AUCGCAAAAUCCCGUUUCGUUUUAUCCAAGCCUUUGUUCCCUUGUAUCAUUUAUUAACUUUUCCUAAUUCAUCGUUGCUUUUCAAGCCUCUUUGUCUUCCUUUCUGGGUUUUCUUCUACGUUUAUCGGAUUCCAUCUUUGAAUGUGGCUUAUGUUCGUAUCUUGAUUUCUCUUCUGCAUGAUUUCCUCGAGCUACAUUUUCUGAACUGGGCUUGCUUUCGUAAUUCUCCUUUGCCUUGAAAAGUUUCUUCCCGAAAUUUCGAGCUUUUUCUUGAGUCGAUAUAAUCAUUGGCUAGGAUCUUUUCCAGUCCAUUGUUUUGAGUUUCAACUUCACAAGAGGUUAUGAACUUCCAAAUACGUAGUGUCUUUUGAAGGGGAGAAAAAUGAAGGUUUGCCAUAAAACGAAAGGAGAUUGCAUCACAGCUACUCACUAAAUCUGCUCUGAAAUCUGAUUUUGAGAAUGGAUGGAGCUUGUGGCCAGUGAAACCUUAUCAAGUAAUUAUAUGAUUUUUUGCAUGAAAUGGAUGGGACAAAUAGAUUAUCUCCCAUUAAAUUGGUACAGUGUCGGAUAUGUCAUGAUGAGGAUGACAACUCAAACAUGGAGACUCCCUGCUCUUGUAGUGGCAGUUUGAAGUAUGCACAUCGAAAAUGUGUCCAAAGAUGGUGCAAUGAGAAAGGAGAUACUAUCUGUGAGAUUUGCCAACAGCAAUUCAAGCCUGAUUAUACAGCACCACCUCCGCCUCCACUAUUCCAUUAUGGCAGUUCCCCAUUAAAUUUUAGAGGUAACUGGGAGAUUUCCAGAAGGGAUCUGCAAAAUCAUCAGUUCAUAGAAAUGUUUGCUGCUAACCGUGAAUUCUCAGACACUGAUGAGGAAUACUCGGUUCCGUCAACAGGGAGUCUGGUCUGCUUCCGCAUCAUUGCAAUUAUUCUUAUUGCUCUUCUUGUUUUACGCCAUACCCUUCCAAUUAUACUCAGCGGAGCUGGGGAAUAUUCAUUGACUCUCUAUAUGUUACUGGUCAUUAGAACAAUUGCAAUACUUCUACCUGUAUGUAUAAUGGUUAAGGCAUUUACCAUUAUCCAACGGCGACGAUACCAGGAUCAUUACGCCUCUAUUCUGCAACAUGAGGAGAGUGAGCUGGAACAGCCUCAGUCUCGUGUCAUUCAUAUCUUGUGAUCAGACAAGAUUCUGUUAUUAUCAACCUUGGAUGAAGAUUUCACUAUGAUGAGAAGAUGCGGAUGGUACGGACCAACACGGUGAAGUAGACUCCUCGAUCAACGUUUAUGUGUUGAGAUGAACAAGAUGGUCACUUGAAGAUUGGUUAUUUAAGAUUCCAUGAUUCCGGUGGCGAAGAAGGCACAUAAAUUGAUGCAACUAGAAACAACUGUUGUACAUAGAUAGUUCUUUGGUGGUGGAAAUAGAUAUAAUGGGUGGGGCUGGAACUUGGAAAGAUAUAACAAAGUAAUAUGAUAAUAUACUUAAUAGUUGUUAAAAAUAUAUAAAAUGUCUUAUUGCAUGCUUAUUUUCAUUCAA